CUGCUCACUGCUCUUCCCCUUCCUCGCUCUCGCGCUCAUCCAUCGAUUCUUCGUCGGCCAUGGAAUCGUUGCCGCCGCCUUCGCCAUGACCAGCGCGCUUCGUCUUCUACACCUCGACUCUUGCUUCUCGAUCGUCUCGUUCCGCGGGUGCAUUGGUGUUGUCAGCGAGCUCUGAUGGAGUCGCAGCUGACGGCGAGCGUUGUCCGACGAUGCUGCGGCGGUCGCCUCUAGGACCGUCCCGUCGGCUUCUUCUUCGGCGUCGCCGCCGCGGCGACGGCCUCUUUGAUCAGAUAGAGAUCAACAGAGGUUUACAUUCUCUUCCAUACCUCAGCUGAGAUAUGUGACAAAUUGGACAUGAAGUAAUGCAAAAGGCAACCUUUUUUCCGCUUCAACAAACUUUUGCUCAACCAGGUCACUAAAUCAGGACUCAGAAAAUUCAGUCUUGGCUUUAAUAUCUGGACCAUCAUCCCUAUUGCAGUAUGAAGGAUUUUACAGAGCCCAAACCUAUCAGCAAGUCUGCAAAACUUCCCUUUGAGGGAUAUAAUGUCACUCAUAGUGCUCCUUCUGGCAACAUGGCACGACUGAACUUUGGUGGGUCAGCAUUAAAUGUUGUAAAUGGUGAAAACCUCUCAGGAUAUUCGUAUUCCCUUGUUUCACCUAUGGUUUUGUCAAAACCCAACCGUAGUGUCAAGUCUGCUUUUCAUCAUGGGAUUGCAAAUGCAGAUAUGGAUGUCUAUCAAUCUGACUUGGCCCAGGCAGUUGUCAGUAAUACAAUUCCCAGUAAAAAGGAUAUGCUGGACUUUUCUUGUUCAGGCAAAGGACCAUAUGGAACAAGUUCUGUAUACUAUGAGAAGCUCCAUACUUCAAACGCCCGAACUUGUCAAAAGUUCCCAUUACAAGCAGAUGAUCGAGGAGGUCAUGUUCCAGCAGUGUCCUUCAGUGGGUGUCCUCGAGUAUAUUGUCUAAGAACAAGUGGGAUUUUACUGCUCAGCAAUACUGGUGUACUGGGUAUUGUUUGUUCAUGCCACUACUCCCAUAUGUCUGUCUCUAAGUUCUGUGAGCAUUCAGGGUCAUCUGAUGCUCACCCUGGGGAUGUGGUUCUUAUGGAUAACGGACAUACCAUAGCUCAGUGGCGUCAGCUCUACUUUGAAAAGUUUGGGAUUAUGGUUCCAGAAGACCAUUGUGGGUGGGACUGGCCUGAAGGGUUAUCUGGAACUACUGGCUUGGCUAAUUCUAGCUUGUUUAUGCCCAAAUGCAAUAGCACAAGCCUCUGUCAGUUGGCUGGUUCACGUGGAUGUUUAAUGGGGCCUGGGCAGCAUUCUGUCAAUGCUGUAUCAUUAAAUGACCAGCAUUCUGAUGAGAAUUUUGUCAUUGAUGGGUCGCAAAACAAAUUGCAGAGAAGCAUUCAGGGUAGAAACAACCAUCUUUCCAAGGGAUUGCCUUGUAGUUUGGACCAGAAUCAGCAUGUUGCAAGAAAGAAUGAAAUAUUUGAGCGUCAAAGGUCAAGAUGUUUUGGCGCAUCUAGUUCUCUUGCUAGAAAACCAGAUAUUGGGAGCCGAUCUUCCUGUUAUGUUGGCUCCAUCGGGAAAAUUUCAAUUGCAGCCAACGAGCUUCCUUCUUUUCAGGAUUCAAGAAACCUGGCUGAAGAUUCGGGGACUAGAUUCAGUGGGAUGAAAACUGCAAAUGAUUGUGUUUUGGUAGAUAGAGAUCCUGCCGCUUCAAAGGUUGAGUUGGGACUUGGGCAACCGCAUGAGAAAAAUCGGGCUUCAGGAAAUUCAUUCCAAUCUUUCAUGGGAUUAGGAUGUUUAGGCUCAUUGUGUAAUAGGUCAAAGACAUUCCAUGAGCAAAUGGUACAUAAUUCGGCAACUGCUAGUAAGAGGGAGGAAUCUAGGCAGAGUCUUAAAAAUGACAUGAGCUCAUCUAGUGCCUGUGCAAGAAGAGAAAGACAAGUGAACCGAGGGAAUCUCAUCUAUAAUGUGAAUAAAGCAGUCUAUAGCCACAUUGAAAAUGGUAAAGGUGAUACAGACAAGAGCUCAGAAAUAUCCUUGUUUCAACAAUCUAAUAAUAGUUUUGGGAGUGGACAAUACAAAGAUUCCAAUGACAAUAUCAAAGGCCGUGAAGUAGUAAAGCCUAUGUUAUGGCAUUCCAUCUCUGAUACUGCUAAGCGUGAUUCAGUUGAUGUUCACCCAACUUUUUACUAUGGUUCAAAAGUGCCAUUGGACAACUCUGGUGCGGAUUUUCAAAGAAUUGUGGACAAGGGAAAUGUAGUUAAAUGUAUUUCUGAUUCCUCUUGCCUUCCAACAGAAUCAAGGUUUACAAUUCAUGGAAAGGAGGAAAAUGCACCUGCUUUUACUGGUUUUACUGUUGGAAGUUCAGCGAGGAGGAAUCACUUUUCAGAUGGAUUACUUAAUCAGCCUCAAGAUGCUGCUUUCAAUAGAGAGAGUAAUAGUCUUGGGGAGAAGUUCUCCUCCCAUGGUAGUGUUCAUAAUGGUGACAACUUCCUCAAGCCAAUGAUUUCAUCCAUGUGUCUUAGGCUCCUUUCGCCAUUGCAAGCAUCGUCAUCGGGCUUCCAUCUGGAGCCAAAUAUGAACCCAACUUUGUCAAAACAAAAGGGCACCAAUAUGACCUCAUGUCUACUUGAUGACAAUAUGAGAUUACUUGCAUUGAGGCAAAUAUUAGAGUUAUCUCAACAGCAACAAGCAAUUUUGGGGUUAAUGGCCCAUGGUAAUGAGGGGUACAGUGGCUCCUCUUCUUUUCAAAUGCAACAUACUCUUGUUGAUCCAUUAAAAGUAGCUAGAGAGGAGGGGACUCGAUCUACUUGUAGACAGAACGAUUUUGAGGUGGACACCACCUCACUGCCUGUGGUUGCUACUAGCAGGAUGUUCGGUGUUCCUCCUGAAACUGGUCAGAAUUACUCGUGUGAUGUCUCAAUGGCUACAGCAACUUUAUUUUCACUAGAAGAUAACAUGCAGUGUCAAACUCCAGAGGGGCCUCUUCAACAUAAACAGCCCUCAACAAGACUUAACCAAUCUGAAAGAAUAUUCCCUGCACCAACCAUUGUUGAGAGAUGCUGUCCCAUAUUAGGAUCUAUGUGCUCCCCAAGCAUUUCUGUAGGUGCUAGGCAGAUGAAACAUCCAAGAGGAAGUUUUGAAUUUCAAGCUGACAGAACUUCCAAAGAAUGGACAGGAAGGGCUGGUAGCCAACCUCACAUGUUUGUUUCUGCUGAAAGUGUCAAAGAUAAUGCUCGUUUGGAGGAGAAGCAUGUAGCCUUAGAUCAGAGUGUUGACUUGUCUGGAAAGUUUCUUGGGAGUAGUGUCAAUCUGUCUUUCCAAUGUAGUGAUGGUCCCAGUGUGGUGGAAGGGAAGGGCAAUGCAACGUGCAUGGACCAUGUGGGACAUUUGGUGGGUGGAAGAGGAAAUGAAGUCCAUCUUGAUAGGGCUGGUAAAUGCUUUGAUAGGGCUGAGCAGACAGUUGACUCUUUGAAAGAACAUGAAAAAUCUAUUGUUUCUUCUGGAUGCUCUACCGCUGCGGUGACUCAAGCAUCAAUUACAGUUAAUAAUGAUAGCAGUUGUCCCGUUGAUGCUCAGCAUGUUGAAUGUGCAAAUCAACUUGUAGUUGAUGAAGGAUCAGGUGUUGAUCAAUGCUGCUCACCUGAUUACCCUUCUGAAAGCAAAGGAAGUGCUGAGUUUCAUUGCACCAGUCCUUGGGCCAAUGCUAAAAGAGAAUUACCUUCGGAAGUAACUAGUAAUCACUUGUCUAAUAGUCUUCUGGAUGAGCUGAAGCUCAUGGGUUCCUUGACAUGGAACAAAGGUCGAAAUCGAAUCCAUGACAACCUUCCUGUUCAUAAAAGGUCAAAGCAUCUGCAUAAAUCAAAGACUGUGUUGAAGAUUCGGAAGAGACGGAGGGUUAUGAAGUUGAGUGAACUGGGGUCAUCAUUUUCCACCGCAGGACAUACUAGUAAAACAACAUUUUCUGGUUAUGAAGACCAUGGCUCUUGCUCGUUUGAGGACAAACAGACGUUUCUCCAUUCUGACCAUCGAACAUCAUGUUCAGGUGAUGAUUGUUUAUGUAGAACCAAUUUCAGGUGCUACCAAUCUCCAUUAGGUCCCUCAAAUUUUUCAUCUCGGAAGAGAAACCUGCCGAGAAUAUACAACAACGAGGAGGUAAGGAAUAAACAGAUAGCUUUGAGAGAUCACAUUAAUUAUGGUAAAGAUCCCCUAGUUAGAUGUGUGAAGAAGUUCCGGGGAAUAAGUGAUAGCGAUGCUUCUGGGCAGCCAAAAUUGGAUGUGACGUGUCAUGAAAAUGCUGGGAAGUUAACCGAGCACACAUCGAUUGGUUUCAGAAAGGCAUCUCCAUUGCAGGUCAAUGCUGGUCGAAAGAUGGCAAAGCCUAUGGUAUAUGGACUAUAUGGUGAGAUAUGUAGAGAAAACUUUGAUUUAAAUGUGUCAAAGCCAGCAAAAAUCAUUUCACUGAGCAGGAUUUUAAAAAAAGCGAGUAAAUGUAGAGCACCUGGAAUCUCUAGGGAUACGCUAGCAUGCAUGAGUGAGUUGAAAAAGGUUGCAUACGGAGGAAUUGAUGAAUCGGCCAAUGAAAUAUCUAAUUUGGUGCAAAACAAUGACAGUAGAAGUCAUGAUCUUAGAUCCUGCAAACUGAUGCAAUAUUCUGCUGCAAAAUCAUCGAUUAUUGCAUGCCUGGAAGAAGAAGACAAGUUAUGUGCAGGAAAAUGUCGGAAAAAUAGUGCGGUCGGUACUCACACUCAACUGGAAUCAAAGUUUGGAAGAGCGCGGGAGCGUACACGUAGCCUUAAUGAGCUAUCUUUGCCAGGAGUGAGCCACAGUUCUAAGAAAUUUUUGCUGAAGAAUAGCAGAACUGUGACAACAAAGAGAUUGAGUAAAAUUUUGAAGGAUACUGAGAUGCAAAGAGUUCCUGCACAUGGGACAUAUGAUGCUACCACUAUUAAAUGCUAUGCUGAGCUGGAUCGGCUGUCAAAUAUGGAUGCUGAUGCAUUUUGCUUUGUAUGUCAAAGGUCGAAGCAAGACAAAGCUAAUUGCUUGUUGGAGUGUAGCCAAUGCUUGGUCCAAGAUCUACUGCAAAGUGAGGUUGAAGGUAUCAACGACAAGAAUGUUCAUUUCUAUGGGAGAUGCGUGCAUCAUGAUAAAGAUGAUGAUUGUGGAUCCACAACCAUUGGCGUUUCUGACAUCGUCUGUUCUGGUGAUAUUUUAAGAUGUGCUCGGACAGAGGGUUACGAGGAAAGGAAUUGGGAUAACGUCCAUAGUAAUUCCCACGGUCUUUACCAAGGCAAGUGUGGAAGCCUUGUUCCACCGGACCAGGUCAAUGCUUGGACUCACAUUCAUGGUCAGAAGAAAUGCUCCCAGGCCAUCUUACAGUUGCCACACUCAGUUGCAGAAUCUGAUUGCCGAAAAGAAUAUGGCCGUUACAAACAGGCAAAAGGUUGGAAACGUCUAGUAGUGUACAAGUCCGGCAUACAUGCCCUAGGACUUUAUGCCUCUCAGUUCAUUUAUCGGGGAGAAAUGGUUGUUGAGUAUGUCGGUGAGAUUGUUGGGCUACGUAUCGCUGAUAAAAGAGAGAGAGAGUAUCAGUCUGGGCGAAGAAUUCAGUGCAAGAGUGCUUGUUAUUUUUUUAGGAUAGAUAAGGAACAUAUAAUUGAUGCUACACGAAAAGGGGGGAUUGCUCGUUUUGUCAACCAUUCUUGCCAGCCGAACUGCGUUGCCAAGGUGAUUUCAGUGAGAGAUGAGAAAAAGGUGAUUUUCUUUGCACAGAGAGAUAUUCUUCCUGGAGAAGAAAUCACUUAUGACUACCACUUCAACCACGAAGACGAAGGCAAAAAGAUUCCGUGUCAUUGCAAGUCGAUAAACUGUCGGCGUUAUUUGAAUUGAUGGUCUGUAAAUCAUCUAUAUCACACACUCGCAAACUAUGGUAGGCGCUUGAAUAACAUCAGUUCUCAUUUUUUUUGUUAUGUCAAGGAGAUCUGUUAGUCUGAUCUGUCCAUUUUUACCAUUUCAGAAAAGUUGCCUGAAUGUCGCGUUGAUCCACUUGAAAAUGUUGUCUCGAGUUUCGUACUGUAAUACUGUUUAUGUCACGUGUUCCUAGUCUUAUGCAGUUUUCAAUAGAGGUGGCAAAAUGAGCAUCGGCCCUUAUUUUUGCUCAUAA